UUCCGGUUUAAAAAAUGUAAAUAUUCCCAAUGUUGGCAAUUAUCAUGACAAUAAGUGUUCAAUCAGUCCGCAGGGAGGCUUGCAAUGUGCAGUUCUUACGGUUUUAUAGUGUAACUACUGCCUGCAAAUAUAGAAUGACGCGUACAUAGAGAAGUCCUCUUCUGGUGGGCUCCAAAAAGAUCAAAAUAAGAAAACAAUAGACGGAAAGCAAUACCAGCAAUAGUGACAUGGGAAGGGAGAGUGCAAUAAUAAAGGAAUUAGAUUCCACAACUCAAACUAGCGUAAACGUCUGCUAGGGUAAGUGUGGUGGCCUUAAAUUUAGGACAGACAACAAGGUGACUUUAAUUGUGUUUGCGUCAAAAUCGAGCCGGAUGAAUGGUAUACUGAUACUACGGCUGCUAAUUUGUAUUCUGUGUGUGCCAAAUCAGAACAGGUUCUAUGGGAACAGAGACAUCCAAAUUGUAACAAACAAGAUGGCUUCAAUGUUGUACAUGAACAAACAGGAUGUUUACAGAUGGAUCAAAAUUACAUAAAACAAGAAGGCGUCAUUUCCGAAUGUGUGAAAUUAGAACAGACAGGAUGUGAAAUUAUUGAUCAAGAUGUCACCAGAAAAGCUUGUCUCAAUUCUGUAUGUGUGAACAGAAACGCGAUUUCCAAUUUAAAUGCAAAUACACAAAAAGAUGUGCUCCAUUCUGUAUGUGGGAUAAAACAGUUUCUAAAUCCAACUACAGACCAGAGUUAUAUAACAACAAAUGACCUCAAUUGUGUAGGUGGUAUAGCUAAACAGUAUAUAAAUACAGGUAUGGACAAUGGAAAUACGACAGCAAACGAUCCCAGUACUUUACCGGUAUGUGAUCAUUCAAACACAUUUGAGAAUCAAGCACAACUGGCCUACCUAAAUUCUGUAUUUCUAAGUAAGGAAGAGAUUGAACAUCCAAAUGUUGACCAAUUCUGUGCUCGACCAACUGUGGAUGGAGAGGCAAUAAAAAUGGACCAUUUCUCAAACCUUAUUGUUCAAAGACAUUCAAACUCCGAAAAAGAUGACUCAGGUGAUGACUUUGUAGAGAUAUUCUUUGAAAGAGACAACAGGAAAAAUGAGAGCUGUCAUUCAACUCUUGUGGCUCCAAAGAGAUUUCGAAGUGAAGAUUCGUCCAGUAGCCUAGUCCAGCCAAGGAGUCCUUCAGCAAGAGAGAUUGCAGAGAAUGCUGUGACAACAACUGUCCCCCUUUCUCUGAAACCAGCUAAGAUGAACUUGAAUAAAAAGGGUGACCAAGUGAAGGAGGUUAAGAGAAUGAAGAAAGCCAAGACCCCAGAAAAAGACAAGACCGAGUACAGUCUUCCAGAGAGGAACCUGUCCAGCUUUAUGAACCUUGAACCUUGUGAUAAUGACCAUUUUCUCUACUCUGGAGAAUGCAACAAGGAGUUUGAAGGGGACUGUCCUGUCCAUGGACCCUAUAACUACAUACAGGACAAAGAGGUGCCAGAAGGGGACCCACUUAAAGCUGACCAUACAUUGCCAGAUUGCCUUGAAAUCAAAACGUCCAAAAUAGCUGGAGCUGGUCUCGGUGUAUUUUCCAAGGAGGGACUGGAAUCCAGUGUCAUGUUUGGACCAUAUGGGGGCGAUAUCGUUGCUGACAACCAGAAAUCAGGAUAUUGCUGGCAGGUAAAGACCUUAAAGGAAGGCAAUCCAAGCCACUUUGUGGAUGUCCAGAACAAGGCCACCUCUAACUGGAUGAGAUACGUGAAUUGUGCAAUGACGAAGGCAGAACAGAACCUUGUAGCGUUUCAGUACAAAGGAGGCAUCUCUUACUGCACAUUAAAGCCAGUUUCACCAGGAGAGGAACUGCUGGUCUGGUACGGAGAAAAAUUCGCCAGAGAACUUGGCCUCAUCAGAGACAAAAACGUGUCCAGUAAAAACAGUGGUCUCUUGAAGAUACACAUUAGGAUACACACAGGAAGACAUUACAAGUGUGAAGUGUGUGGCUAUUUAUGUAAUCGUAGUGAUGUGUUGAAGAUACACAUGAGGAUACAUACAGGUGAGAGACCGUACAAGUGUGAGGUUUGUGGAUUUCAAUGUAAACAUAGUCAUCACUUGAAGACACACAUGAUGAUACACACAGGAGAAAGACCGUAUAAGUGUGAAGAGUGUGGCUAUGAAUGUAAAUGUAGUGGUGAUUUGAAGAGACACAUGAGGAUACAUACAGGAGAAAGACCGUACAAGUGUGGGAAGUGUGGCUAUGAAUGUAAAUGUAGUGGAGAUUUGAAAAGACACAUGAUGAUACACACAGGAGAAAGACCGUACACGUGUGAGGAGUGUGGCUAUGAAUGUAAUCGUAGUGAUGAUUUGAAGAGACACAUGAUGAUACACACAGGAGAAAGACCGUACACGUGUGAUGAGUGUGGCUAUUGUUGUAAACAGAGUCAUCACUUGAAGACACACAUGAGGAAACAUACAGGGGAAAGACCGUACAAGUGUGAGGAGUGUGGCUAUUUAUGUAAACAGAGUGGUCACUUGAAGGAACACAUGAGGAUACAUACAGGAGAGAGACCAUACAGGUGUAAAAUGUGUGAUUUUGCUUGUAAAAACAGUGGUCACUUGAAAAGACACAUGAUGAUACAUACAGGAGAAAGUCCGUACACGUGUAAGAUGUGUGAUUAUGCAUGUAAACAGAGUGGUUCGUUGAAAAAACACAUGAAGAUACAUACAGGAGAAAGACCGUAUAAGUGUGAGGAGUGUGAUUUUGCGUGUAAACAAAGUCGUGCGUUGACGAAACACAUGAUGAUACAUACAGGCAAGAGACCGUACAAGUGUGAGGAGUGUGAUUAUGCAUGUAUUCAGAGUGAUUGCAUGAAGAGACACAUGAAGAAACAUGCUCGGUUGUACUUCUAACCAUAGUGAUGAUUUGAAGAAAUGCAUGAGGAUACAUACAGGAGGUGUGUGGCUAUUCAUGGAUCCAUGGGAGGAAGACUUUAAAAAGUGUUAGGUGUGUAGUUAUCCAUGUAUCUUUGGGAGGAAGACUUUAAAGAGUGUUAGGCGUGUGGUUAUCCAUGAUCCACGGGAGGAAGACUUACAAAAGUGUUAGAUGUGCGGUUAUCCAUGUAUCCAUGGGAUUAAGACUUUAAAGAUUGUUAGGUGUGUUGUUAUCCAUGUAACCAGAGUGGUGACAGGUCCCUUGAAAACUUGAAGAGGCACAUGAGAAUAUAAAAGACUAGAAUAUAAGAGAAGCAAAAGCUAAACAUGAACAUAUAAAAAAAACCUCUGAAACCAGUAGAGACAAAGUGACGCACGUAAUUUUGCAUGACAUUACGACACAAUAAAUCAUUGCUUAGUAGAGCAGCAUUCAACAUAAAUUUUAAUUUACUCGUCCAAUCGGUUUUAUAAUUUAUUAUGAACAGUGCCCGAUGCGCACACAUCUGCUUACCUGCUUUGCCUAUCAUUUUAAAAAUCUCCGUCACAUAAUUCAAUAUACACUUUACUUCGGAAAAAUGGCGUACUUUUGUUCAUAUUUCACAUGAUUUUCAUAAAGAAAAAUUCUGCAAUAAUUGGUGUUCUCUUGCUUACUUGAAUGUCAAUUACGACAAGUAGAUAAUUGCUUUGUUCAUUUGUACCUUUUUCAAGGUUUGCACAAUAUUUGUUUCUAGUUAUUUGUCAUUGUGUUCUACGUCUUUUACUCACGCUCUUAUGAUUAUCCCAUCAAGAUGUUUAUGGUUAAUGUCUUUUAACAAUUUUACAUUCAAUAAUGGUUUUGUCGAUGAUAUUUGUGUUAUGUAAUUCCCUAUCGAAUGUGUCAAGAUGAUCUUGUUUUUUUUUCUUCGAGUUUGCGUGUUUUUGUAUUUAUGUAAAUGAGGCAUUUCUGCUUGUUUUAUUGCGUAAAGUACCUUUAAUAAUCUCCAAUAAAGUAUUUGGGUUUGCAAC